CUCACCGAUAAAAGCGCCAUCACCUGGCUGACUUUUGCUUGAGAACUUCAGUUUUUUUGCUGUCGUCGCGCGUACUGGUUGUGCGUUGAAGAUUGCGUUUAAAUUGCCGACUUAAAUUAAUCCGCUCUAAGCUAAAAGUAGUGUAAUUGUCGCAAAAUGGCAUCAGGAGUAACUGUAUCGGAUUCAUGCAAAACCACCUAUGAGGAGAUCAAAAAGGACAAAAAGCAUCGCUAUGUGAUCUUCUACAUUCGCGAUGAGAAGCAAAUUGAUGUAGAAGUUGUGGGUGAUCGCAAUGCCGAAUAUGAUCAAUUUCUUGAUGAUAUUCAACAAGGAGGACCCGGAGAAUGCCGAUAUGGUCUCUUUGACUUUGAAUACAUGCAUCAGUGCCAAGGGACAUCAGAGAGCUCGAAGAAACAGAAGCUGUUCCUCAUGUCAUGGUGCCCGGACACUGCCAAGGUUAAAAAGAAGAUGUUGUACUCGAGCUCUUUUGAUGCGCUGAAGAAGUCUUUGGUCGGUGUUCAAAAGUACAUUCAGGCCACUGAUCUGUCGGAGGCAUCGCGAGAGGCUGUGGAAGAGAAAUUGCGCGCCACAGAUCGUCAAUAAGUUUAUGAAGGAAUGAAAUGAAAAAAAAAAGAGAAGAUGAAGAAGUAUGUCUCUUUUUUUCAAACCCUUAUAUUUAUCAAAAUAAAAAAAAAAGAAAUAUUUUUUUUUGUAAAACUGGAUGCGAAAGCGCUGCAAAAAAAUGUAGAGGUGAAGCUUGAUUAAAAAAUAAAUAAAAAAAAUAAAUAAAAGAAAAAUGAAAGAAGGAACACAAGCACAAUUUGUCAAUAAAAAGAUUGAGAGAGAAAAUGAAUGGUAAAAGAAUAAAAAAAAAUCACAAUAAUCAUUACAAUUUUAUAUAGACAUUACAUUUAAGGAGUUUUUUAAUAAUGAAAAAAAAAGAAGAAGAAAUGUCAUUUUUCCUACCAAUAUUCUCGCCAACAUUUUGCAUUGAGAGAGACUUUUUUUUAAUUAAGAAAAAAAAAUAUUUAAAUGGAAAAUUUAAUAAUAAAAAAAACGUCUCAGAAAUUUGCUCUAUAUUUGGCGAAUUCUUAACAAAAAAUAAAUACAAAAAAAUAUUUUGAAUUUCAUAAAAAAGAAACAAAAAAAAAUACCCAGCAAAAAUACAAAAAAUACUUAUUAAAAUACAAAAAAAAAUAUGUAAACUAAUUGUCUUCUAAUAAUUCAUAUUGCAUUAUAAAAAAAAUAAAUGAAAAACAAUGAUGGAACGACGGGAGGUAAGAUUAAGGAUUAGGAUUAAUUCCUAAAACAAAAAAAAAUAUACUGAAUGCGAAUUAAGGGUGUUUUUUUUUUUAAUUUAAAAUUCAUGUAAGAAAAAAAAGUAAUGAAAAACCAAAUCCCAGUAAUUUCUGUACAGUUUCUCUUUAAAAGAAAAAUUUUAAUUUCUCUCUCCCAGAGAAAUAUUUAUAAUUGGUUUUUGUUUUAUUUUUUUCGAGGAUAGGAACAUUUUUAUUUGCAUUUUCUUUUGUGUACUGAUUAGAAGAAGAAAAGGAUUAAAUAUUUAAUGUAAAAGAUUUUUGCCAAGACGUUAUGAGAACAAAGAUGGUCACAGCUGAAGGAAAUCUUCAAAAUUUUCUUCACUACUGAGAGAUUUAAUUUUUUGUAAUAAUUUUUCUUCUGCAGUUAAAAUUAAAUACUUCCGGCGACUGAUACAAGUAUUAAAACAAAAAACAAGCACUAUUUAUGAUCAUUUUUUUUCUAAAGAGCUUUUUUUUUGGAAAAUUCUAAUGAGAUUUGAAAGUUUUCUUUCCCUCUUUGGCGUUGCGCCGAGAGAGAAGGGAAGAAUAAGUUUUUUCAGGAUAAAUUUCAGCAUGGUGGUGAACCAAAUAAAUAGAAAAACGAAAUAUACAAAAAAGCGAUUUAAUGGGAAAAGAUUGCAAGAGGUUUGUCUUGCAAUUCUAUUAUUUGUCUUGUGUCAUUUACAUUUUUCUUGCAAUAAAUUAUUUGUAUUGAAAUUGUGA